GCGAUGUACCUCUGAGGACCAUUCUCGAGGACACUUGUCUGUCGCUUGCACCCUACUGCGUCCACUCAGUAGAAACCCUUCUUCUGCCAGUGACUCUGGAACGCACGGAAGCCAUGACUUCGUCAACGGUCGCUUUCUUUGGGCUCCUGGUGGCUCUGUCGGCCAUCAUUGCGUGCAGCGAAGGGCAAAUACCCGUGCUUGGUGGCUGGCAGAAGCAUAACGUGGGCGAUGACGCAAUCUACGAGGAGUUGGCACACUUUGCUAUCUCCAAGCAAGUUGGAAACAGGCAGUUUUACGACACCGUGCUCGGGCUUGUCGACGUCGAGAGCCAGACGGUAGCUGGUACGAAUUACCGCAUCAAGUUCAAUAUAACUGAAUCGACCUGCAGAGUUACGGAGGCUUACAGCAAGACCACAUGUGUACCCAAGUCCCGAGAGACUGUCAAGGAUGUCUGCACUGCGCAUAUCACUGUUUCUUUGAAGAACGAGCGCUCAUUGAACUCAUUCACCUGCGAGGGCUCUACUGCUACCGCAUAGGAACUGACACAAGUUGCCUGUUCUUCAUAUACUGCGAGUAUACUAACUUUUAUGAAAGAUUGCAUUCAAACAUACCGCGUGAGCUUCAAAUAAAUGGUUCAAGAAAUGCU